AUGCAGGGAGCCUGGCGGCUGGAGUUCGCCGGCCGUUGGCGCCCUCCUCCCCUACGACCGGCACAUCCACCCUCUAGCUCACCUCCUCGCGCUGAUGGCCGGCUCGCCACCGGCGAGCAGCACCAACAGCAGGACCGCCGCCGCACCUCACCGCUCUCUUCUCUCUCCCUCUGGCCUUCCAUCUCCUUUCUCCCGUCCUCCCUUUUCUCUCCCGCUCAUCUCUCACUUCUCUCGCAGGCACCCAACGCAUGGCGUGCCUCGCCCCAUUCCUGGGCUCGGGCGGCGCAUACGCCCGCCGCGACGCAUCUCCUGCCUUGGCUUCUGCGGAGUCAGCGCCGGCGGCAAGCGGCGGGGCAUUCACGGCGGUUCAGUGGAGAGUUGGAGCCUUUUGAGGAAAUUAUUCAUUUCAUCUACAAGGACAUGUUUUUCAAUAAGACUGAUCCACAAAGGUUACUUGAUAUUGUGGUCACUGCUGAUAAGUUUGAGGUGAUUGGAGCAAUCAAGCACUGUAAAACUCUGAUGCUGCAGUCCCCGCUGACUCUUGAAAUUGCCCUUCUUUAUUUGGAGUUCACUUCUGAGAAGGUAGAACUGAAUGAAAUUCUUGGUCCUGUUCAUACUGCUUGUGCUGAUUUUGUGGCCAAUACAUACAAAGAUCUGUUAAGUCAUGAGGAAGCCGUGCUCCAGUUGCGGCUCUCCGCUAUGAUUUCCAUCUUUAAGAGCAGUGCUCUUAUUCUUCCCAACGAAGACUAUGCAUUUACCUUUUUGCUGAAAUGGCUGGAGAAAGAGUACUCUGAUAAGGAAGAGAGAAAGGAUGUGUUUCAGAGAAUCGUGGUUUCUCUUAUCCGGUUCACGCACCUGUCUGAAGAAGCUCUGCUUGAUUUUACCUCUUGUAAUCUAGUUUCGAGUCCUGUUGACGCGAUCAAUAUUGUAUCUAAUGCAAUGCAUUUCAAGGCUACUUCAUCUCGAAGAAUUGCUUACUGGAGGUAUGAGCAGCGUGAUUAUCUUGUGAGGCCCGUCUCAUUAUCUUAUCUUAUGCCAGCUCCACAUCCUGAGGUUGUGGCAUACAUGGAUAUAUCACUGGGUCGCUGCUCUAGGAUGACUUCUCCUGGGAAAACAAAUGCUUACUCUGAAGCUUUUGCCUUUGGUGGAUUGACCCUAAACAUGGUCGCUACGUGUUUGACGCUGAUACUAAUACUCCCAAUUCACUUGGUUUGUUUUUAUGUGCCCAAACCGAGCAGCCAGCCAUCCUGA